AUGAGGUGUGUUGUUAGGGGGUUGUUCUUGGUGGGUGUUGUUGGUGGCUGUCUCUAUGCAUCUUCUACCCCUUUAGCUGCUGCUGCUGCAGCAGAGGACCACAUAGACAGCAGCAGCCAGCAGCAGCAGCAGCAGCCUGCAUCACCCCCAGCCCCUGAUGCCCCUACACCUCCUGGGGUCGUUGCUUCUCUCUCAAGCCCUUCUUCUUCUGUUGAUGGUUUGGAUGCAGCAGAGGCAGCAGCAGCACAAACAGCUCCUCCUCCUCCUCCUGCUGCUUCUCCUCCUCCUGCUGCUGCUGCUGCUGCUGCUGGAGGAGUGCAGCGCCAGCUGCCGCUGGCAGCAGGUGACGAGGAUAUUACAGCAGCACAGAAGAAACUCUCGCAAGAAGAGCUGAGAGAGAUAGAGGAAGAAAUAGAGAGAGAGAUGCGCGCCAUCGAUCGGCUGGCCUUCACCACCACCACCACCCAGGCCCCCGGCGUUAUCAAAGAGAUAGAUAGCUACCCAGCUAGCUAA